AUGGAUAUUUUAUUAAAAAUAUUAAAGAGUAUAAUUUUAAAGUUAAAAAUAUAUUAUGCAAAAUAUGGGAUAGAUUUAAACGAAUUUCACAAUUUGCUUUUUAUAAUUACUUUACUAUUUGGAUUAGUUUUCUUGUUUUAUCUUAUUUUUAUAAUAUUCAGUAUAUUUAAAAAAAGGAAAAAAAUAAAACAAGAAAUAGUAUUAUUAUUAGGACCAUGUGAUAGUGGUAAAACAACAUUUUUGUUCAAAUUAAAAACAAAUAAAAUAUGUAGAACAAUUACUUCGAUGAAAGAAAAUAAAGCAUUUAUUUUUUUAAAAAAUAAAAAAAAACAAAAAUGUAUACAAUUUGUUGAUUUUCCUGGACAUCCUAAAUUAUCUCAUUCAUUAAAUAAAUAUUUUGAUUUUACAAAAAUUAUUAUUUAUAUUUUAGAUAGCUCAGAUAAACAAUCAUUGAAAAUUGUAGCAGAGAAAUUAUACGAAUUAUUUACUAAUAAAAUUAUUGUUCAAAAGAAAAUUCCUUUUAUUAUCGUUUGUAAUAAAACUGACUUGUGCAAUUCACGUCCAAAACAAGUUAUCAAAGAAGAUUUAGAAAGAGAAAUUGAAAUUUUAAAAAUGUCUAAAUAUAAUUCACUUGAAGAAGAUGAUAAUGAUGAAACAGAACAUUUUUUAGGAAGUAAUUCAGAAUUCUUUAGAUUCGAAAAAGCCCCUUGUCAUAUAGAAAUAUGUAGUGCUUCAAUAAAAAAUGAUUAUGUAGAAGAAAUAAUAGAGUUUAUAGAAAAACAUGUUUAA